GUGCUGCGCUGGCACGUAGCCUGUGGGCGGCGGCGGCACCUUCGUGGGCUGCGGGGCGUUCGUGGACCCUUCUGGAAGCCCGUCGGCCCCGCCGCCUCCGGGGAGGGCGGCCCCGGAGCUGGCGCGCGUGCUGCUGGGUAACGGGCCUGUUCUGGCGGCCCCGGGCCGCUCGUGCUCGGCUCGUCUGUGACCUCCAGGGCCGGGACUGCGCGCCCGCGGGCGCCGGCGCCGAAGACAUGGGGCUCCCUCGGCGCACCUGUGACGGCCACCUUGACGGAGGAAGCGGCCCCGUCGUCGAGGAAACCGGAAGCCCGUGGUGACCCCUGGCGACCCGGUUUGUUUUCAGUCGCUUGGCAGACACUGGGGAAGCGAAACCCGGUGGCCUUGGGGACGACCCUGCGUAGCCAGGGUUCAGGCCACCAUGGACACACUAGUGGAAGAUGACAUCUGUAUUCUCAAUCAUGAAAAAGCCCACAGAAGAGAGACAGUGACUCCGCUCUCAGCAUAUCCCGGAGAUGAGUCUGUUGCUUCACAUUUUGCCCUGGUCACUGCGUAUGAAGACAUCAAGAAGAGACUUAAGGACUCAGAAAAAGAAAACUCCUUCUUAAAGAAAAGAAUAAGAGCUUUGGAAGAAAAGCUUGUUGGAGCUCGAGUAGAUGAAGAAGCAAGUCCUGUGGGACGAGAACAAGUGAAUAAGGCCUAUCAUGCAUAUCGAGAGGUUUGCAUUGAUAGAGACAAUUUGAAGAACCAAUUGGAAAAAAUAAAUAAAGACAACUCUGAAUCUUUGAAAGUAUUGAAUGAACAGCUACAGUCUAAAGAAGUAGAACUUCUGCAGCUCAGAACAGAGGUGGAAACUCAGCAGGUGAUGAGGAAUUUAAAUCCACCCUCAUCCAACUGGGAGGUGGAAAAGUUAGGCUGUGAUUUGAAGAUCCAUGGUUUAGAACAAGAGCUUGAACUAAUGAAAAAAGAAUGCAACGAUCUCAAGACAGAGCUACAGAAAGCCAAGCAAACGGGUCCAUCUCAGGAAGACUUUCUGCAGAACAGAGAUGUUGUCAGGCCGAGCUCAUCAAGGGAGGAGCAUGCUCCACACCAGGGCCUUCUCCACAGUGACAAUAUGCAGCAUGCAUACUGGGAACUGAAGAGGGAGAUGUCUAACUUACAUCUGGUGACUCAAGUGCAAGCAGAACUACUAAGAAAACUGAGAACCUCAGCUGCAGUCAAGACAGCCUGUACCCCAGUAGGAUAUGUUGAAGACCUUGGAAGAGACAGCACUAAAUUGCACUUGACAAACUUCACUGCAACUUACAAAAGACAUCCCCCUUCGUCACCAAAUGGCAAAGCUACUUGUUAUGCUCCGUCUUCCCCUUUGACAGGAGAUAAAACGGCUUUCUCAGACAAAGCAGUUCUUGAGUCAUGGACAGAUAACGAGAGAUUGGCUCCUAAUGAUGGUGCAGACUUUCAGGAGCACAGUUCCUAUGGCAGAAAUUCUCUGGAAGAUAAUUCCUGGGUAUUCCCAAGCCCUCCUAAGUCAAGUGAGACAGCCUUUGGUGAAAAUAAAAGCAGAGUCUUCCCUUUACCCAGCCUGCCACCGCUGCAUUACUUGGACCAACGUAAUCAGAACUGCCUUUACGAGAGCUAACUCGAUGGGACUUGCAAUUCGAUCAGGAGGACACUAACUCACUGGUUCUCCCAAGGGGUUGUUCAGACUGGAAGUGGACUUUGAUUACAAUCUUGCAGAGUUCUCCAAUAGGUACAUUUGUACAUUCUGCACAUUAUGUACUUUAUUUUCCAGUUAUGAGAACCUCUGGUUGUACCUUUAAUAACAAUUACAAAUUUUUGCUUCUUGGAAAAGGAAUGAAAAUGGAAAUCUUAGACAUGGUUUUAUAAAGUAUGUGACCAGUCUAAAUGCCCAUUCAAAUAAAGAGUAGUCUUUAAUAUAAGAGAAAAACCAUGUCUGCUGGUUCAUAUUAUACCAAGAAGCAAAUGGCAGUGUGAAAAGGUUGUGCUUCUUUGACUUUCUGAUGCAUAAAGAUUUGAAAUAUAAUGGAGUAAAAGUAGGUUAUUACAUCUCUGCUGUUCUUAAAGUUUUAAGAUUCAAAAUCAUUUUAAGUAAAACAUUUGUGUGUACAAUUUUAAAGUGCAAUUUAAAUUCUAAGACUUGAACUAAUGACCAUUGAAGCCAACUUUUUCCCAGUAUAUUCAAAUCCAAAUAGUUAAAAAUGAUGAUGUAUGCGAAUUAAACUAUUAUAACCGUAUACAAAGUCCAGUUAAAGUAGAAAGAACAUCUCACAGAGCAGUCUGUUCAGUGAGUCAUAGUGAACUCACCAUGUAGUCAUUUUCAGCAGAACAGCUGUCUGUUUUACACAUACACAGAACGCUUAUGCACAGAUAGGACAUUUGAAAAAGUAAAUCCUAAUUAACUUCAUCUAGAACUAAAUUUUGUGCUGUAUAAUUAUGAAAUAUCCCUUAAGUGGCCAAUCACUUGUAAAUAAGUAAAGAAAUAAAGAAGAUGGCUUCAUGUGGAAA